GACUAAAGCCUGUCGUUACUUCGACCAGGGUCGGGGCACCUGCCCGUUUGGCUCCAACUGCUUCUACAAACACGCCUUCCCUGACGGGCGGCUGGAGGAGCCCCAGAGGAGACCAGCAGGGUGCAACGGCAGGAACAGGAACUCGAGGAGGACACCCCUGUGGGACCUGUUUGAAGAGCGGGAGAACAGCAGCGACUCUUUGGACAACGAGGACGAGGAGAUGGUGACCUUUGAACUGAGCGAGAUGCUCCUCAUGCUCCUCGCCGCGGGAACCGACGACGACGUCACGGACUCGGAGGACGAAUGGGACUUGUUUCACGAAGAGCUGGACGAUAUCUACGAGAUUUACCUAUAGCACCACUCCCUAACGUUAACGUUGAAAACCCCUUUAUCGUUUUUGACUACCCCUCUUCACCUUUACCGCGCUGUAGAAUGGACUGUCUUGUGUGUUUGGACAGUAGCUUCUCUCCUCUGUGUUGUGGCAGUGCCUUUGGGGCAGGCCUUUGGGGCAGGCCUUUGGGGCAGGCCUUUGGGGCAGGCCUUUGGGGCAGGCUUAUGGGGCAGGCCUUUGGGGCAGGCCUUUGGGGCAGG